AUGUCGAGCGACAGUAGUAGUAGCUUUGAACUGAAAGGUCUCCAAAUGAAGCAAGAUGACAAGUUCUUCUCCAGGCUGAUGUCCAAGGAAACUUCCAUGGCUAAUUCUUCUUCCAGAGUCUACUACGGCGGAGCCUCCGUUGCUGUUCCGUUCAUGUGGGAAUCACACCCUGGAACCUCCAAGCAUCCUGCUUCUCACACUGCUCUCCCUCCUUUGACCCCUCCUCCUUCCUAUCCCUAUCAUUCCUCCCUCGACUCCAAAUCCAACCACAAAAAUAGCUCCAAACCCACCCUUUUCGCCUCCAUCUUUCCCUGUCUUAACUGCGCUUCUCCGUCGUUGCAUGCUUCCAGUUCUUCCCCGUUUGCUAAUCCUUCCAUGAACCGAAAGUUAAUCGAGAGACGAUGGAGCUAUUAA